AUGAAGCAUGUGAACAUUCUUUACUUGGGAAGAUGGGAGAGCACAAGCCAGAAGCAUAUUAAGGUGGAGAAACCUAAAGAUUUAGAAGGCCUGGCUAACUUAAAGUACAUAAAAUUCUUAAGCUUGCAAGGAAUUUUAGGAAUAACAGGGAUCCCCGAGUCAAUUUCAAGGUUGUGGAACCUUAGUGUCCUAGAUUUUAGAGCUUGCCACAGUCUUGAGGUGAUCCCACAGGGCAUUGGUUCACUUCAUAAUUUGACACACUUGGACUUAUCGGAGUGUUACUUGCUCAGUGGCAUGUCAAAAGGUCUUAGGAAACUAACAAAUCUUAUGGUUCUCAAGGUAUUUGAAGUUCAAGAUUCAACAGAAAAUUCACACUCAUGCACUCUGGAGGAUUUGUUGGCCAUUACAAAGUUACAUAAAUUAAGUAUUGAUACAGAAAUCGAGGAUUUUCCAAGAUGGAGUGAUUUGGACGUGCUGGCAAAAUUCAAACAACUCCACAUCCUUACUAUAGCAUGGGGAGGAAAUUUGUUUCAGAAUCCAGACUCUGUUACUGUGUCCACCGUUCCAAAACCUGGUAUGGGAAUCAUAAGAACAAUUACUCAUACUUUUACCAGGAAAAGGUGGAUGGGAAUGUCUUACCACCAAGUGGAGCUAAAUAGACUGUACAUCAGUGGAGGGGAACUUUGCGAUUCGGGUCAAUUCGAGUUUGGAACUGAUCCAGUACCUUGGAAUAAUGUGAAAAUAAUACGUCUCAAGUACUUGACAGAAAUGGAGAUGGACUGGAUGAAAUUUUAA